AUGGAGCACCUCGCGUGUGCCAAGGCUCCUCGAUCUCGGAUAUACCAUCUCAUGGCUAAAGGGAUGGCCUUCAAGGUCACGGCCGCUCUCCGUGCAUCAAGAGUGGAGAAGUGGAUCUGCGACAUCAAGAGGGACUUUCUCUACGCCUCACCAACCAAGUGUGUCGGCUUGGACUGCGAGUUCACCGACCCUCGCGAGGGUGAUCAGCGCGCCGCCAUCCUUCAACUCUCGGUGGCGAUCGAGACUUUGGUAUUCCAGAUUUGUUGGGCCGAUGAAGUGACACAAGUUCUCAAGGAGUUCUUGCAGGACAGCAACAUCAGAUUCUGGGGCGCGGUUAUCGGCAAAGAUGUGCAAAUGCUGAGUUCCUACGGUAUUAAUAUUACUUCUGCGUUCGACCUCCAAAAGAUACUCCCGAACCUCACCAACAAACCCACUCCGAGUCUAUAA